GUGGGGGAGACAGAAAGAUAGGAAGGAGUUGGAGGGGAAUCUGAGGUGGGUGGUGAGUGCAUGCUUCUUUGAUGGGACCCCGUGAAACAAUUGCCUUUAUUUAGAUGCUUUGCGUGCUAUAGAUUAGAGUUGUGGGUGGGGCAGUGUCACCGAAGUGGCCCUCGGAUCAUAUCAUAUGCAAUGACAGUAAACGCGAAAAGGACUGAAUCAUCUCGGACGAGCAGUAGUGGCUGUGAGGAGGAUGAGGAAUGCUCCCUUAUCAUUGUAUUUUGAGGCGGUGAAGGAAUUCUCUCUGACAUGCAUAUAUGAGAGCAAGAGAGAAAGAGAGAGAGAGAGAGAAAGAGUCAUAUCAGGCGUGCCCAAGCGUGAAGAAUAUGACAGAGUGGAGAGAGAGAGAGAGGCUGAGAGAAGUCAGAGCAGAAAAGCUGGGAAGCGUGCAUCAUCACCAUCAUCAACAGCAGCAGCAUCAAAACCUAGCACCACCUUCCAUGGCAUUAGAUUGCCAACCUAUUGGGAUCUCUCUCUUACAAAUUACUCGACGAGAUUUCGAACCCUCCUUGACAACUUGCUUACCUCCUUCAAAGGCUCACAGCGGUCCCGCAUGGCCCCACGACUUCUUUCAUCACACGCCCAGUGGCUGAGCGAGUACACGGAUGCUCCAUGGACCAUUCCACCCAUUCCGAUAACAAUAUCGGAUCCGGAUCUGGAUCCGACACAAAUAGGCCGGUCGGCCAUGAACUAAUCGGUUUUGUUUGAGUUCUAAACUGGACAAAGACUUUUCCAUCCCUCUUCCGCGGGUGGUUCGGUGAGGGCCAAGAAAGUAAAUAUAACACAACUCGAAAAGCCGCCACCGGUCUAAGCGUGCCCUCGUCUCCCUCUGUGCCCUAAACGCUCACUCACUGCGUUCCGCGGCUUGGAGGCCGUCAGGACGCGCCUCACCUGCGCCUGUUUCGUCUCUCGGCCGCGGUUCUACCUGCCUCGGCCUCAGGCCCUUGACCAUCCGUCGCAGCCGACGGCGAGCCACAACUCUUUCGCCUCCUGUGUUGGUCAUUGGAGAGUGCAAGAAUAUGAGGAAGUUGAAAUUCCAUGAGAAGAAGCUACUCAAGAAGGUCAACUUCAUCGAGUACAAACGCGAAGGUGGCCACCGUGAAGCCCUUGUCACGCGCCGUUACCAUCUCACCGAGAGAGAUGACUACAAGAAGUAUUCAAGUAUAUGUAGGAUGGUGCAGAAGCUAGUGCAUAACUUGAAGCAAAUGGAUCCCAGAGACCCUUUCCGUAUCGAGAUGACGGAUGCAUUGCUGGAGAAGCUCUAUAAUAUGGGUGUUAUUUCAACAAAAAAGAGCUUAGCAAAGUGCGACAAACUUUCAGUUAGUUCAUUCUGUAGGCGCAGGCUAGCCACAGUUUUGGUAUACCUAAAGUUUGCUGAGCAUCUGAGAGAGGCUGUAACAUACAUUGAGCAAGGCCAUGUCCGGGUAGGGCCAGAUGUGGUAACAGAUCCGGCAUUUCUUGUGACGAGGAACAUGGAAGACUUUGUGACUUGGGUGGACUCUUCUAAGAUCAAGAGGAAAGUGAUGGAGUACAAUGAGAGAUUGGAUGACUACGAUGCGCUGAAUGCCUAAAGUUGCUUUUACAAGUCAAGAAUGCCAGUUUUUUCAAUAUCCAUUGGUGGGGGGCUAUUUCUGACCGCCGAGAAAUUCUUAUCGAUCGCAAUUAGUCGAAUGGACCAAUGCACAUAAUGCUAAAAUUUUGGAAUCAGAUUAUUAGUUGAACCUGUGUAUUAUUUUAUAGUCUUGUCUUCUGCUUUUAGUAAUGUUGUAGUAGUAAAUGAGUAAAAACUGUAAUGGGCUACCGGAAGUAUUGCUGAUCCAAUGUCAUGUUUAGGUUGGAUGAA